UGCAGCACGGUGCGUGGCACCACGAGUUUGUUCUCCGGCCACCGGCGUACUGUAGGUUUCCCAGUUACCCAGAGAAAUAAGGGAGAUAUAACCCAGGAGGCAUGCACGCAAUUUGGCCAACUAGUAAUGGAGAAGUGUAGGAGAUCGAAAAGGCUAUGAUAUGCACGAUCCCAAGCUUCUUUUCAAGAAGACGCAGUGUUGAUAGCAACACUUUCUCCCUGGGCUUCAUGUGGAAACUCCAGACAAAUGGUAGUUUCACAGUUCAUAGAGUGGAAUAGACUGAGAUAUUUUCCCAGAUACCAUGUUUCUGGCAUUUUUCCUGCAGUAAUGGAGUUUUUCUGAAAACACAAGAGAGUGCCGGGUAGUUUUACCUCAUUUAAAAAUGAACCUCCUGCUUUUGGUCUUGCUUUUUUUGUCACAAGAGGACAUAUGGAUGGCAAACUUUGGCCUCCUGGUUGGUGCCCAAUCCAAUGAGAGGCGGGUGCUGGCCCAUGUCCCCGGGGAUAUAAUCAUUGGUGCACUGUUCUCGGUGCACCACCAGCCCCCUGCUGACAAGGUGCACGAGCGGAAGUGCGGGGCAGUGCGGGAGCAGUACGGGAUCCAGCGUGUUGAGGCCAUGCUGCACACCCUGGACCGCAUCAACGCCGACCCCAAGAUCCUGCCCAACAUCACGCUGGGCUGCGAGAUCCGCGACUCCUGCUGGCACUCCGCCGUGGCACUGGAGCAGAGCAUUGAGUUCAUCCGGGACUCACUGGUCCCCUCCGAGGAGGCUGACAGCCAGGCACGCUGCUCCAGCGAUGGGCCCGUACGUGGAAAGAAGCCCAUUGUGGGCCUGAUUGGACCUGGGUCCAGCUCAGUGGCCAUACAAGUGCAGAACCUGCUGCAGCUCUUUAACAUCCCCCAGAUUGCUUACUCAGCCACCAGCAUGGACCUCAGUGACAAGUCCCUGUUCAAGUAUUUCAUGAGAGUGGUGCCAUCUGAUGCUCAGCAAGCCCGGGCCAUGGUAGACAUUGUCAAAAGAUACAACUGGAGCUACGUGUCAGCCAUUCACACUGAGGGGAACUACGGAGAGAGCGGGAUGGAGGCCUUCAAGGAUAUGGCUGGCAAGGAGGGGAUCUGCAUCGCCCACUCAGACAAAAUCUACAGCAACGCGGGGGAGCAGAGCUUCGACAGGCUCCUGGGGAAACUGCGGAGCCACCUGCCCAAGGCCCGCGUGGUGGCCUGCUUCUGCGAGGGCAUGACUGUGCGCGGCAUCCUCAUGGCCAUGCGGCGGCAGAACCUGGUGGGGGAGUUCCUGCUGGUCGGCAGUGAUGGCUGGGCAGACCGCUACGAUGUGACGGAUGGGUAUCAGAGGGAGGCUGCCGGUGGCAUCACCAUCAAGCUGCAGUCAGGCUAUGUCAAGUGGUUUGAUGACUACUACCUGAAACUGAAGCCCAGCAGUAACCUGCGCAACCCCUGGUUUCCUGAAUUCUGGCAGCACCGCUUCCAGUGUCGUCUUAGGGGCCACCCACAAGAGAACACCAAGUAUAUGCGCGUCUGCAGUGAGAAAGAGUCCUUGCGGCAGCAGUAUGCCCAGGACACCAAGAUGGGCUUUGUCAUCAACGCCAUCUACUCCAUGGCCCACGGCCUCCACAACAUGCAGCAGGCCCUGUGCCCCGGUUACAUCGGCCUCUGCAAGGCCAUGAGGCCCAUCGAUGGCAGCAAGCUGCUGGACUUCCUCAUGAAGACCAACUUCUCUGGCGUGUCUGGAGAGGUCAUCCUGUUUGAUGAGAAUGGAGACUCUCCAGGGAGGUAUGAGAUAAUGAAUUUUAAGAAGAUGGGUAGGGAUGAGUACAGCUACAUCAAUGUGGGAAGCUGGGACAGUAGUGGUCUAAAGAUGGACGAUGAGGAGAUCUGGGCCAACGGGAGUGCCAUCAUCAAGUCAGUGUGCAGUGAACCAUGUGACAAGGGACAGAUCAAGGUGAUCCGCAAGGGGGAGGUGAGCUGCUGCUGGACUUGCACACCCUGCAAAGAGAAUGAGUUUGUCUUUGAUGAGUACACCUGCCGUGCCUGCGAGCUGGGGUCCUGGCCCACAGAUGAUCUCACAGGCUGUGACCCCAUUCCCGUGCAGUACCUCCGCUGGGGCGACCCCGAGCCCAUCGCCGCGGUCGUCUUUGCUUGCCUCGGCCUCUUGGCCACCUCCUUCGUCACCUCCAUCUUCAUCAAGUUCCGGGACACGCCCGUGGUCAAGUCCUCCAGCCGCGAGCUCUGCUACAUCAUCCUGGCGGGAAUCUGCCUGGGCUACCUCUGCACCUUCUGCCUCAUCGCCAAGCCGCAUGUGGUCUACUGCUACCUGCAGAGGGUGGGCAUCGGCCUGUCACCCGCCAUGAGCUACUCUGCCCUGGUCACCAAGACCAACCGUAUCGCCCGCAUCCUGGCCGGCAGCAAGAAGAAGAUCUGCACCAAGAAGCCACGCUUCAUGAGCGCCUGCGCCCAGCUGGUCAUCGCCUUCCUCCUCAUCGUGCUCCAGCUCAGCAUCAUCGUGGCACUCUUCAUCAUGGAGCCACCUGAGGUCAUCCACGACUACCCCAGCAUCCGCGAGGUCAACCUCAUCUGCAACACAACCACCCUGGGCGUGGUGGCGCCACUGGGCUACAACAGCCUGCUCAUCCUCAGCUGCACCUUCUACGCCUUCAAGACACGCAACGUGCCAGCCAACUUCAACGAGGCCAAGUACAUCGCCUUCACCAUGUACACCACCUGCAUCAUCUGGCUGGCCUUCGUUCCCAUCUACUUCGGCAGCAACUACAAGAUCAUCACCAUGUGCUUCUCCGUGAGCCUGAGCGCCACGGUCGCGCUCUGCUGCAUGUUCGUGCCCAAGGUCUACAUCAUCCUGGCCAAGCCCGAGCGCAACGUGCGCAGUGCUUUCACCACCUCCACUGUGGUGCGCAUGCACGUGGGCGAUGGGAAGUCCUCCUCUGCCGCCAGCCGGUCCAGCAGCAUGGCCAACCUGUGGAGGCGCCGUGGCUCGGGUGCGGAGACUAUCAGUUCCAAUGGGAAGACGGUGACAUGGGCCCAGAACGAAAAAGUCCAGAGCUACAACUUGUGGAAGCGGAUCUCUGUCCACAUCAAGAAGAGGGAGAGCAACCAGACGGCCGUCAUCAAACCCUUCUCCAAGGACGAGGGUGGGGCCAAGUCCAUAUAUGAGGUGUCAGAGUCAAACCAGCGCUAUCCUGUCACAUACCAUCCCCGGACACCCUCGCAUAUCAGCACAGUUAGCCAGAGGUCAGCAUCACGGGGCCGUGGGGAAGAGGAGGAGGAAGAGGAGGUCGCGGCCCUGCCAUCAUACCUGAACGAGCGGUCUCAGCACGGCGGCGCUUCACAGGGCACAAUUAUGGAUCAGAUCAGUUGCGUGGUCAAUCGCUUCACCGCCAACAUCAGUGAACUCAACAGCAUGAUGCUGUCGGGCCCCCCGCCCUGCGCGGCCACACCCACGGCCACCACACCCUGCUCCCCAACCUUUCUCAUCCCCCGGGAGAUGCAGCUGCCCACCGCCGUGACCACCUUCGCCGAGGUGCAGGCCAUGUCUGGCGUUGGGGCAAACGGGCGCAUGCGGGGCAUCAGCAAGGCCUCUCCCACCCGCGUGGUGGACCCCCCCUACGACCCCUCUCCCGUUAUGAGGCCCAGCGAGCUGGAGGAGGCGCUGGCCACCCUGACGCCCCCGUCACCAUUCAGGGACUCUGUCAACUCAGGGAGCGGGUCGCCCACAUCACCUGCCUCAGAGUCUGCCCUAUGCGUCCCGUCCUCGCCCAGGUACGACCGGCUGGUGCUGCGGGACUACAGCCAAAGCUCCUCGUCGUUGUGAAGGGGUGGAGGGCAGCAGGGCGUGAGCGGAAGGGCACCGCUGCAUCUCCUUAAAGAAGUGGUGCAAGUGCAAACAUCAGCGAACAGCUGUUGGUGCCCUGUGGUCUCCUGUGUUUACAACAGCCAGAGUGUGGAUGCAGACAGUGGUGGGCAGCCAGGAUGGGCCUGACCAACUGAAAGCGCUAACAAUGUGUAGUUUCAUAUGACGGGGUUUGCUGAGCGGGUCCUGGUUAUAGGCUUCAUACAACUUCAAGUGGCCUUAUACAAACGUGGCUUUCAGCCAAUCAAAGUCAUUUCAGACGCGGACCUUGGAUUUUUCCAGGGCUUGGUCCCUGUCCUUCCCACUGAGCUUGUGAGAGAUCAACAAGCACACGCUCUGGCUGUCUCGCCAUUCGCCAUUGCCAUAGCACAUCAUGGGAUAUCAUGGGACAGAAACUUGGGGUGUUGUCAUCCACUAGAUGAGUUCUCCCCAGCAUGGUGAACCAUGGAAACACAUAGGAGUGUGACCGGCCUUGCUGGCACUAUUUCAGACACAUGAUAUAACAAAGUGCUUUGCUUUGAAACCAUGUGAAAAAGUGUACUCUACAAAGCCCAUUUGUCAUUGGAAGUUUCUUCUUCCUCCUCUUCUUUUUUUGAUUUCUUAUUUUAACACUCCUAAAGUGAUGCUUAACGUUGCAGUCAAAAUAUGAAUGUAUAUUAUAUAAAUGAUUUCCGAACAAUGUGGGACCAAAACUAUCUUGCACCUCAGUGAGUGUUUGGAUCAAGUGGUUCUAGUCAAUUUAGUAAGUGCUCUGUCCUAUGCUGGACCAGUUGUGUCACAUAUUUGCUUAUGUGUGUAAUGAAAUGUAUUUGUUAAGUGAGGCAGAAGUUGGUUGUAUUUACUGUACUGUAAUCAAGUUAGUGCUGGAAACAGAUUGUUCAGGCUCUCAUUGUUGAAGUCAUCAUUAAUCAUUUUGAACAUGAAUAUGCCGAAAAAACACAAAGGAUAAUCAAAGGAAUGUGAAUGGUGCAUUCAGAAUUACUGUAUUCACCAAAAUGCCAGUGAUUAGAGAUUUUUUUCAUAUACGUUACAUUAUAUAAUGAAAUUAG